AUGCCCAACACCGGUCGGCCGAGUCGAGACUGCCAUCACUGUCGGCAGCGCCGGAUCAGGUGCGACCUGGUCCGUCCUGGGUGUGGUCAGUGUCAGCGAAAGGGGCAUCCUUGUCCCGGCUAUCGCGACCAGUUGGAUCAGCGUUUUCGAACCCACAACGUGGAGUCUUGGUCUACAAGAAGCUCUGGUCGUCGUCGUCGAGCCAAAUAUGAGGAAAACAGCGGCCAAUCCACUGGGAAGAUGGUGGAAGCCACGACGGCCGCGACGGCCGCAACGACCCUCAAUAGCCCAUCGCCUACAGAAUAUAUACCAUCAGAGUCCUGGAAUGAUCAUCUGAUACCGCUUGUCAUACAUAAGUUGUCGCCCAAUGCAAUGGGCGGCGUCUUCCAUACCAUCCUCACUGCAAUUCCACAUGUCAUUUCCAGCACAAAAGCAGGUUCCCCGAUGUUCAAAGUCUGCGACGCCAUUGGGCGUGUAUAUAUUGCUAAUGUGACAAAUUCGACGUUAGCAAAGGUCCAGCAAGCUCGUGCGUAUAGCAGCGCUAUUGUUGCUGUCAAGGAGAGUCUGCAGGAUCCUCAGCAGUUCGCGACCAGGGAGACACUCGUCAGUAUCUUAUUGCUGUGCAUAUACGAGCUUCUUUCUACCCCCGAUUGCUAUUCAAUACUUGCGUCUCCGUCCUGGUCCAUUCACGCCGGGGGCAUGGUAGCGUUGCUUGAGCAUCAACGGGGUUCAGGCUGCUCCACGCCAGAGGACCGGGCACUGUUUCUCGCGUUGUUUAGCACCGUCCAGCGCCAGACGCUCAUGACAAGCCAGGACUAUUCGUGGGGGUUUACGUCGUGGAUCCGCGCGUUCUACAUGCUAUGUGAGGCAGGAAAUUAUUGUAUUGUGCGUACUGUAGUAUUUGCCUACCACUGCAGUCGCCUCUGCAUGGCCAUCCAGGAGCUUAUUGAUAUCGGUAACCGGGACGCGUUGCUUGCCAUAUAUCCCUCCAUCCUACACCACCUCGACAAUGUUGAAAGCCAAACAGCCCCCUUAUUCCAGGAGAGGCCUCUUCGUGAAUGCGCGAUAGACUUGCCGACUUCCAGGGCGUCUCUACCGACUUCAAUUCCCGAUAGUGGCCUGCUAAUAUAUCAGAGCACUUUCCGCUUGCAGCUAUCGAUGCAGGUUCACGGGCUUCUCUCUAUGGCGUUGGAAGGAUCCAACUGUACACCAGAGCAACAUGCUGAAAUUAGCAAAGCGCAAUUGCAAUGCACAAAGGAGUAUCAGGCCCUUGCAGAUCGACUUCUGGCGGGACUAGCUGCAGCAAUUAGUUUUGAUAAGUGCUCUGGCACCUCUUCGAAGCAAUUGGGGCUAUUGGAUGUAUUCCAGAUGAUGUGGCCGCUACAAAUAAUUGCAUCGUCGCCUCUGUCAUCCGAUUGUGAGAGGCGCCAAGCUCGUAUGAUACUGGAAGGUGUCCAUAACCAGAUCAGACUGUUAUAA